AUGGUUGCGCCCAAUAACCUCGAUGUUGGGUUGACUGGUGCAGGCCUCGCUGUUGUGGCAUUGGCCACUACGCCUGCUCUAGUCACAGCCGUCACCCAGCUACGAAAACGCACUGCUAAGGAUAACUUUUACGAGGAUAUCGACGGAAAAAGUACACCAGAAAGCAUUGCCGCCUUUUCGAACCGGCUUCCCAAAAUCUUCAUUUUGGCCUUGUCCGCUAUAGGUCUUGGAACCUCGAUUGCCAUCUCCGUGCUAUCUUCGCUUAACCCGCAUAAUGAUGCAUUGUUGCUAAAGAAUUGGUUGAUUACCGGCACCUGGGCUCUUAUUAGUUUGCAUGCCAUCUCCUUGAGUGCCCAUCACUCAUCUGUCAAGGUCCAUGACCUUGGACUAUGGUUAUUUGGGUCUUGUCUUGUUGUUACCACUAUUACUGUGCCCCAGUUAACUAAAGAAGCCCAGUAUGCCUCUCGCAACAGCAUCACUACUCUUGUUUUGCGGGCCGUGAACGUUGCUGCUGUUGUCGCCCUCUCCUUCUUCAGCGUGCUACUCCCUCGUCGACCUGACGUAUUCUUCAAAGGCUACAAAGUCGACGAUCAAUGGACUGUGUCUGCCUUUAAUCGCUACACUUGGUCGUGGAUUGCUCCUCUUCUUACUUAUGCUAUUGAGAAGAAGGACCUCGAUGCUAGCGAUGUUCCUCAUGUGGACCGGACGCUGCGAGCCGCAGACCUGAAAGAGGAUUGGCUGGCUUCUAAGCCUCAAGGCAGCCUCUUUCGUUCGUUGCUUUGGGCCUAUAAGUUUCCAUUCACCUUGCAGCUUUCCCUUACUAUUUUCCGAAACUUCUUGGCUCUCCUACCAUACUGGGCUAUGUUACGGGUCAUCAAUAUCCUCGAACAGCGUGAUGUAGGACUACCUGGAUCAUCCGACCUGGAACUUUGGGUGUUAGUCUUCGCAAUGGCCGGCUUUAACCUUGUGGAUGCUUGGGUUGAAGGAUGGGUAUUCUGGUACUCGUUCGCUAGUAUUGCCCUACCUAUUAGAUCCCAGAUGUCCACGCUCAUCUUUGAGAAGUCCCUCCGACGAAAGAACGUCAAGUCAGCAGACAAAUCAAAGGAGUCAGAUACGCCACAGGAUGGAGCGGCUGACAAGAAAGAUGAGGAUGAGCCCGACAACGGCUCGAGUGUCCUGAAAUCUCGACAGGCCAUUGUCAACCUCGUUGGUGUUGAUGCUUUGCGAAUUUCCAACUUUACAGGCUUCCAGUUCCUAAUCAUGAACAGUAUCUUCAAGUUGAUUUUCUUCUCCUUCUUUCUUGUCCAGCUAAUCGGAUGGAUUCCUUUCACAGCCGGCCUAGUAGCCUGGGGUCUUACUCUUCCUGCCAACACUUACUUCUCCAAAGAACUGCUCUCCAGAUCGGAUAAGUUGAUGAAACUUCGCGACGAGAAGCUGGCUGUGGUCAACGAAGCUUUGAUUGGUAUGAGGCAGAUUAAGUUCGCUGCACUGGAGAGUCGUUGGGAGAAGCGCAUCCUGACUAUGAGAGAAAGGGAACUUAAGACCCUAUGGGGGCUUUUCGUUAUUGACACUGGUCUCUUUGGAUGCUGGGUAGUCAGUCCCAUUCUCCUUGCCGCAACGUCUCUCGCCGUCUACGCUGUUCGUAACGGACAGCUACUCCCCUCCGUUGCCUUUGUUAGUAUCGGAAUAUUCAAGGCUCUGGAAGUGUCACUCGGAGUAUUACCGGAGCUCAUUUCUAUGGGAGUCGACACUUUUGUUUCCCUCAAGCGAAUCCAGACAUAUCUGAACGGCCCAGAGAUGAAGAACACACUGUCAGAAGGUCCAGAGGUCGCCUUUAAAAAUGCCUCCAUUGCUUGGCCUGAAGACGACGACACCCCCGACGAGGAUAGGUUUAUUCUAAGAAAUCUCAACAUCAGCUUCCCUACUGGCGAGCUGUCUGUCAUCUCGGGCAAGACUGGCACAGGAAAGAGUUUGAUUCUUUCUGCUAUCCUUGGUGAGAGCGAUGUGCUAGAAGGUUCUAUUCACGUACCCAAGACUGUCUCUCCGGCAGAACGCCAUGACUCACAAGCACAUCUUGGCAAUUGGAUCCUCCCCGGAUCUAUUGCUUAUGUUUGCCAAACUCCUUGGCUCGAAAGUGCAUCACUCCGCGAUAACAUCCUGUUCGGCCUCCCCUUCAUCGAGGAACGCUACAACCAGGUCGUCGAGGUUUGUGCACUGAAGAAAGACCUUGACAUUUUGACAGAUGGCGACAAGACGGAGCUCGGUGCCAAUGGUAUCAAUCUUAGUGGUGGGCAGAAGUGGCGAGUCACAUUGGCUCGAGCUAUCUACUCGCGUGCCGAGAUUUUAGUUAUGGAUGAUGUCUUUAGUGCCGUCGACGCACACGUUGGACGACAUAUUUUCGAGAAGUGUGUCACAGGCGAUAUAAGCAAAGGACGAACGCGAAUUCUUGUCACUCAUCAUGUUGCUUUGGUCCAGUCGCGAGCGAAGUACAUCGUUGAGCUUGGAGCAGGGGUUGUUCUGCACGCUGGCUUGGUAUCUGACUUUGUCCAAGAUGGAACUUUGGAGGAGAUUCGACAGCAUGAAGCGACUGCACAGCAAGCCUUGGAGGACGAGACGACAGGCUCAGCGACUGCCGUUAACUCUGAGGAAGCUUCCAUCACAGAUCCGGCCGAGAAUCACGAAAGCAACUCGCUGCAAAAGGUGCCCUCGAAAAACGCUAAGCAGUUCAUUCAGGACGAAUUGCGAGAAAAGGGCGUGGUGAAGAAGCAUGUCUAUUUGACCUAUCUCAAAGAUAGUGGUGGCAUACUUCUUUGGAGUAUAUGCGCGGUUAUCUUCCUUGGUUACGAAGUUGGAAUUCUUGGUCGAGCUUGGUGGCUUCGAAUCUGGACUGGUGAUGUUGGCGAGAGUGCUUCAAGCAGUAGCCUUCAUCAACAGCACGGUCAUGCUUCUAUCUUUUCGCUUCAAAAGUUCCCAUACAGCUCUGCAUCCGACUUGAAGACCACUGAAUCUCACUAUGAUUUACAGUACUACUUGUGGAUCUACAUUGCCAUCUCUAGUGCCACAGCAAUCAUUGGAACUUUGCGAUUCUUCUGGGCAUAUUUCCUCGCUAUUAAAGCAAGCCGAACGCUCUUUGAAAAGAUGCUAUUCACGGUUCUACACACUCCCCUGAGAUGGCUCGAUACUGUUCCUGUUGGUAGAAUUCUAAACCGAUUCUCAUCCGAUUUCAACAUUAUCGACAACCGCAUCACCCUCGAUUGGACACAGUUCAUCUCCAACUUGCUGGCGUUGGUGGGUGUCUGCGUCGCUGCUUUCUUCGCGUCCGGUAUCGUCAUCCCCUUGGCAAUCGUUCUGCUAGGACUUGGUAUCCUCCUAGGAAAUAGGUAUCUCUAUGGCGCACGACCGCUGAAGCGACUUGAAAGCAAUUGCAAGUCUCCGGUUUUUGAACUCUUCAAUGGAGCGCUUGCGGGCGUAUCUACUAUUCGAGGAUAUAAGAAAACGCAAGUCUACUUUGACAGGAUGUAUGAGAAGCUUGACUCAUGGGCUAUCAUCACUUCUUAUAUGUGGCUUGUCAACCGAUGGAUGGGUCUGCGCAUGGGCCUCAUUGGUACCCUUUUCUCGACUAUUGUUGGAAUCAUCGUCAUUCUGAGCCCCAGUAUGGAUGCUGCUCUUGCGGGAUUUACACUGUCUUUUGCUAUGGAUUUCGCUGAGAGCAUUCUCUGGACUAUUCGAAACUACGCUGGCAUGGAGUUGAAUAUGAACUCGACGGAGCGGGUCGUUGAGUAUACAGAGCUGGAGACAGAAUCACUUGAUGGAGUAAAGCCUUCUGCUGCAUGGCCCACAUCAGGAGCCAUGGAAAUCAACAAUUUGGAGGUUUCUUACGCCCCCGAUUUGCCGCCUGUGCUUAAGGGGGUUUCUUUUGAUGUGAAGAACAACGAAAGAGUUGGUGUUGUGGGACGUACAGGCGCCGGAAAGUCAUCUCUGACCCUUGCCUUGUUCCGAUUUUUGGAGGCUCGCUCUGGCAGUGUCACAAUCGACGGACUGGACAUUUCUAAGGUUAACCUGCACAGCUUGCGAUCUCGUCUGGCCAUCAUUCCUCAGGACCCUGUGCUCUUUUCAGGCACUAUCAGAUCCAAUCUUGACCCUUUCGAGGACAACACAGACGAUGAGCUCCGCGAGUCUCUGAGCCGAGUGCAUCUUGUGGAUUCUCAGCCAGCAACGCCUGCUAACGAGCCCGCCUCGGCAACAUCGACGAUAGCGGCCAAGAAUACAAAUAUCUUCCGAGACUUAUCGAGCCCCAUUUCCGAAUCUGGUGGCAAUCUUUCCCAAGGCCAACGCCAGCUUCUCUGUCUUGCUCGUGCUAUUGUGGCUCGACCCAAGAUUAUGGUCCUCGACGAGGCUACAUCAGCGGUCGACAUGGCUACUGACGCGCUCAUCCAGCGCAGCAUCCGAGAGGAGUUCACUGACAGCACUCUCAUUGUCAUCGCACAUCGUCUCAGCACUAUUGCUGAUUUUGACCGUAUCCUUGUUCUUGCCGAUGGCCAAGUCGCAGAGUUUGGAACGCCCAAGGAACUCUGGGAACAAGAAGGCGUGUUCCACGAUAUGUGCGAGAGUAGUGGAGAGAAGGAAAAGUUGAAGCAGACGAUAUUCGGAUGA